ACUAUAACGUGUGUAAACCCGGCUCUUUUUACACAGCUCCCAAUCUUAAUAACAGUACACGACAAUCUCCCGCUUCUCUUCUUCUCUCUCAUCCUUCUUUAUCUGCAAAUUCAUCAUCAUCAACCAUGGAAGACGAAGAAGCAGAAUCUCCGUCAUUGAUAAACCUUGAUAAAGACACUACUCUUCUCUCAAAAGUAGCUGCAAACCACUUAUUCCUCACUCAAUUCGAAGCAUUCAGAGCAACGAUCCUUAGUCUCCGUCAUCGGAACCCGAAUCUUGCACUUUCUAUACUUCAAACUAUUGUCAUCAAUGGCGGACACUUUAGCAACAUCAUUUAUUCUAUCAAUUGUUCUUCUCCUGCUCUUCUUACUUGGCUUUCUUCUCUCGAACUUUUCCAAUUCGAGAAUUCUACUUCGAUUUGGUCAAAUUCUUGUUCGUCUGCAGAUUUUCUUCGUCUUCGCGUGGAGUUUUUGCUGUACAUUCAGAUGGUCAUUUCUAGGGUUUCUGAGAGUGUUGAUAGAGUUGGAGUAGAAGAAGAGUUGAAAGAAUUGAAAAGUUCAUUGAGGUUGUUGGAUGAGGUUAUGGAAUCAGGUUUUAGGAGGUUGAAGGAGGAUUCUGUUAUUAGUUUGAAUGAUGAUAGAGUAAAUGUGGUGAUUGUUAAGGAAGAGGAAUUAGGAUGUUUAAGAAAGGUGAUUCUGGAAAAUGCCGAUAUUUUUAUGUCUUUAUGCGAGAAUAUACAGGGACAAGUAGGAGUGGAGCUGGAGCAUGAUGAUGAUGAGCUGGCUAUUACAUUGAGGAGGGAGAGUAGAGCAGGGAUGGUUUUAAGCAAGGAGGAUCAAAGGGUGUUAAAAAUAAUUCAGAAAUAUGUUCAGAUUGCUCAUUUGGAUGAAAUGAGACAGUGUGUGGAUAGGGAAGACGUGAACGGGGCUGUUUCCUGUAUUCGGUAUUUGCACUUUGGUUAUGGAGUCCCGCAGGAUGAGUACCGAGUGGUUCUUCAAGAUUUGCUCCAAAAGGUACUUUCAAGAGAAGAGGGAUCAAAUGUUGGUUCGCGCACAACACUUGAUAUGUUAUUGUAUAUUUAUCGAGAAGCUUUAUCAUCAAAAUGCACAGAGCUUGUCCAAAUGCUACAGGCUGUUCAAGAUCAACUUCUGUUAGAAGAGAUUAAAGUGCUCAGGGCUUCUGGAAACCAAAUUCUGCCUCCCUUAAAGCAACUUAAAAACCGGAUGCAAGAGAAGAAGCAAGGGAAAUACAAUCAUGAUAAUUUUUUAUCUUUUAAUUCGGACAUAACUACUUGCAGACGAGAUCUAUACCAUUAUGCUCGUGUUGCUGGACUCCAUGUUUAUGAGUGCAUAAUGGAAACUGCUCUGUCUGCUAUCAAGAACCUGCAGCUGGAAGAAGCAAGUUAUGUUGUGUCAUUGUUUCCACGGCUUCGACCUCUAAUUGGUGUCAUGGGCUGGGAUUUAUUGCCUGGUAACACAGCUGCUCGUAGAAAACUAAUGAAACUAAUUUGGGGAUCUAAUAUGUUCCGACUUGAUGAAUCCCCUUUUUGUGCAAAUGAAUGGGAUGAGAGAUCUUGUGUGACAUUUCUUUGUGACUCCUUGUGUUACCGGCUUGACCUUGCUUCUUUUGUUGCUUGUGUUAAUUCCGGUCAAGUGUGGGAUAUUAAGUCCUCUUUGUUCUUUUCUGGUAAUAGACAAGUAGACUUCCAAGAAGCGAAUACUCAUUUGGAUCCUUUUGUAGAGAACUUUGUUCUAGAAAGGUUAUCAUCUCAAAGUCCUCUACGGGUCUUAUUUGAUGUUGUUCCAGCCAUUAAAUAUGAAGAUGCCAUUAAAUUGAUUAGCAUGCAGCCUACAGAUUCUACUGCAUCAGAUUGGAAAAGGAAGCAUGAUCUUGAACUUAUUCACAUGCGCUAUGGCCUUGACUAUGCUGUCAUGGCAUUGGGAGCAAUGGAAAAGAGCAUUUGUGAUGAUCAAAUAUGCUACCCUCAGUUGUCGCUAAGCUUAAUGAAAGAGAUGAGGCAUCAUCUAGAGACUGUCAGUAGUGUGGCACGGAAGAUUUUCAUGGUGAACAUUAUAAUUGCACUUCUACAUGUUGACAGCAUCCCUGUUGAUUUCGAACAUUGUGGCUUAGUGAGCAAGUAUGAGUUAGAACAGACUGGCACGCAGCUGAAUGAAGAUGUCAAUUUUGAUGAAAUAGGAAACCACAUGGUCGUUUCUGUCGUAGAAUUUUUACUUGAUACUUUACGCGACACUCUACCAUCAGAGCUUAAAGAGGAAGUUAUCGACUGUAGUGGUGAAAGAGAAGCCUUAGAGUGGAGAAUUUCAAAUGCUAGAAGUUUCAUUGAAGAUUGGCAGUGGCGCUUGUUAGUUUUGCAGCAAUUAUUGCCCCUACCCGAGCUGAAAUGGAGAUGGAAGGAGGCAUUGGCUAUACUACGUGCAGCACCAUCAAAGUUACUCAACCUAUGCAUGCAAAAGGCGAAAUAUAACAUAGGGGAGGAGGCGGUACAUAGAUUCUCCUUGUCGUAUGAAGAUAGAGCUACUCUUGCACUAGCUGAAUGGGUGGAUGAUACUUUCAAGAGAGCAUCUGUAAGCAGAGUUCUCAUCUCCUGUAAUACGGGUUUUACUUGUGAGGUUGAGGAUGCUGUGUCUCGUGCUACGGAUGAAACAGUGACACUGCAAGAGAUUGAUUUUUCAUCUUUGCGUUCACAAAUUGGUCCUAUCGCCGCAAUCCUUCUUUGCAUUGACGUUGCUGCUGCUUCUGCAAGGUCUGUAAACAUAUCUGAGCGGCUUCUAGAUCAGGCUCAAACCAUGUUGUCUGAAAUAUAUCCGGGAGGGUCUCCAAAGAUUGGGUCUACUUAUUGGGAUCAGAUCCAAGAAGUUGCAUUGGUUUCUGUUGCAAAACAUCUUCUUAAGCGUCUACAUGAAUGCUUAGAGCAGGAAAAUCCUGCUACCCUUCAGGCUAUUUUAUCAGGGGAGAUAAACAUUGCUUCUUCUCAUCUGCAAGGACACCGUGAUCGUGCCCUUGCAUUGCUACACCAGGUGAUUGAAGAUGCUCAUAUGGGAAAGCGACAGUUUUUGAGUGGUAAGCUUCACAAUCUUGCAAGAGCGUUAAAUGAUGAAGAAACAGGGAUAGACUUUCAAAAAGUUGAUGGCUGGGAGUCGAAAUCUCGUUUAGAUUUAGACAGGUAUAGUUUCGUGGGUCUUGGGCUCAAAACUGCUAAACAGGGAUCCUUCAUUUCUGCUACUGGAGAAAGCAAUGCACAACCUUUAGCGUAUGACACAAAAGAUGCUGAAAAGCGGUUGUUCAGUCCUUUAAGUGCGAAACCAUCUACUUAUCUAUCACAAUUUAUUCUUCAUGUUGCUGCAAUUGGUGAUAUUGUUGAUGGAACGGAUACAACACAUGACUUCAAUUACUUUUCUUUGAUAUACGAGUGGCCUAAAGACCUUGUAACUCGUCUAGUUUUUGAACGAGGCAGCACUGAAGCGGCAGAAAAGGUGGCAGAUAUUAUGUCUGCCGAUUUUGUUCAUGAAGUGAUCUCAGCUUGUGUACCUCCUGUCCAUCCUUCACGGUGUACCCAUGGUUGGGCUUGCAUUCCUUUUGUUGCUUCUGGUGCUAAGCUUAGUUCUGAUGGUCAUUUACCGACAUCUAUUGGAGGGAUUUAUCAAAGUCAAGUCAGCAGUUUGGUGUCUUCUUCUGGCAUUGCUCAAUACCACCUCCAGUUGGACAUAAUAAAGCAUCUUGUUAAAAUUUCACCAGUAAGAGCUGUACUGGCAUGCGUCUUUGGAAGCAAUAUAUUAUACAGUAGUAAUGAAUCAUCCAUAUUGAAUUCCUUGAACGAAGAAUUAUUGCAAUCACCUGAUGCAGACAGGAUGUUUUAUGAAUUUGCUCUUGAUCAGUCGGAGAGAUUUCCAACUUUGAACCGAUGGAUACAGAUGCAGACUAACCUUCAUCGGUUUUCUGAGGUUGCUGUAACAUCCAAGGAUACAAAUGAUGCUGAAGAGAUACAAAACAACAGAAGAUCCUUUAAAAAAAGACCUCGAGAACAUGACAUCAACACAGAGUCAGAAAUUGAUGAUUGUGUUGGAGGUAACCCUGUAACACCUAUACCAGAAAUCGCUCAAGCGACAACUCAAGCUGUGGAAGACAGUUCUACUACAUUUCUUACUUUUGACUGGGCAAACGAAGAGCCAUAUGAAAGAGCUGUUAAACGAUUGAUUGAAGAAGAAAAUUUAAUGGACGCGCUCGCUCUCUCUGAUCGUUUUUUGCGUGGUGGGGCAUCAGAUCAGUUGCUUAGACUUCUUAUUGAACGUGAAGAAAGCUAUCAAAUCGUUGGAAGUAGUAGUUGGCAAUAUUGUCUCAGGUUGAAGGACAAACAAUUAGCAGCCCAGCUAGCCCUACGGUAUAUGCAUAGUUGGGAAUUAGAUGCUGCCUUAGAUGUGCUCACUAUGUGUAGCUGCCAUCUGCAUCAGAGUGAACCUAUAAUGAAUGAGGUCCUGCAUCGUAAGCAGGCAAUACAAAAGUACAAGCAUAUAUUGUCUGCAGAUGACCAAUACCAAAGUUGGCAGGAGGUUGAAGCAGCAUGCAAAGAUGAUCCCGAAGGAUUGGCACUUAAAUUAGCUGAGAAGGGAGCUGUUUCUGCUGCUUUGGAGGUCGCUGAAAGUGCUGGUUUGUCCAUUGAUCUCCGGAGAGAAUUACAAGGAAGACAGCUUGUCAAACUUCUAACGGCAGACCCAUUAAGUGGAGGAGGUCCUGCUGAAGCUUCAUGUUUUCUUUCAUCUUUGGGUGACUCGAAUGAUGCUUUACCUGUUGCAAUGGGAGCCAUGCAACUUUUACCCAACCUGAGAUCAAAGCAACUUCUUGUUCACUUCUUCUUGAAGAGGAAAGAUAGUAAUAUAUCUGAGGAUGAGGUAGCUAGAUUAAAUUCUUGGGCCUUGGGUCUUCGUGUGCUUUCUGCAUUGCCAUUGCCAUGGCAGCAUAGAUGCUCAUCCCUCCACGAGCACCCUCAACUGAUUCUUGAGGUGCUGUUGAUGAGAAAACAACUUCAAUCUGCUUCUCUGAUCCUUAAGGAGUUUCCAUCACUUAGGGACAAUAAUGUAAUUCUGAAAUAUUGUUCAAAGGCCAUUGCUGUCAGUAUCAGCUCCCCACCCAGAGAAACCCGGGUAUCUGUAUCUGGUUUUAAACUUAAACAGAAAACGAAAAUUGUGACUCCUUCAAAACCAUCUUUGACAAGUAGCUUAAGUAACUUACAAAAGGAAGCUCGGAGAGCAUUUUCUUGGACUCCACGUGGAGCUGCAGAUAAAGUCCCACCCAAGGAGCCACAUAGAAAGAGAAAAAGCUCGGUUUUGACACCAUCUGAAAAAGUUGCUUGGGAAGCAGUGACAGGAGUUCAGGAGGAGCAUGCUUCCUCAUUAUCUUCUGAUGCACAAGAUAGACUCCCUACUAUGUCAAUAGCUGAAGAGUGGAUGCUCACUGGUGACCCAAAGAAGGAUGAUGCUGUCCGACUUUCGCACCAAUAUGACAGCGCUCCUGACAUCAUCUUGUUUAAGGCACUUCUUUCCUUGUGUUCUGAUGAAUCUGUUUCUGCAAAAGGGGCCAUAGAUUUGUGUGUCAAUCAAAUGAAGUGCAUUUUAAAUUCGGAACAGCUUCCCAAGAAUGCUUCCGUUGAAAUUAUUGGACGAGCAUACCAUGCAACAGAAACAUUAGUAGAGGGACUGCUCUAUGCUAGAUCUCUGCUUAAGAAACUUGUUGAUGGUAGUGAUGCACCUAGUAAUUCUGAAAGAAGAAAAGAUGCAGAUGAUGGAUCUUAUGAAGCUGGAAGCUCUUCUGCUGGUAAUCAGAUUGCAGAUGAACUAUCUGAGCUCUUGUCACAAGCUGAUGUCUGGUUUCGACGUGCGGAGUUACUUCAGAGUCUUCUUGGAUCCGGAAUUUCUGUUUCUCUUGAUGAUAUUGCUGACCAGGAGUCAUCCGCAUGUCUUCGUGACAGAUUAAUUAGUGAGGAACGUUAUAGUAUGGCUGUUUACACCUGCAAAAAGUGCAAGAUUGAUGUUUUUCCUGUGUGGAUUGCAUGGGGGCAUGCUUUACUUCGAAUGGAGCAUUAUUCGCAAGCCCGUGUGAAAUUUAUACAAGCUCUUCAGUUACGAAAGAAUGAUCCUGAUUUCCAUGCCACACCAGUCAUUUUGGAGAUCAUCAAUACAAUUGAAGGUGGUCCACCAGUGGAUGUGUCUGCAGUUCGUUCCAUGUAUGAGCAUUUAGCCAAAAGUGCACCAACCAUUCUAGAUGAUUCUCUAUCAGCAGAUUCAUAUCUCAACGUCCUGCACAUGCCAUCUACUUUUCCUCGUUCAGAAAGGUCAAGAGGGUCCCAAGAGACUGCAAAUAGUAGCUCAAUGGGUGGUACAGAUUUUGAUGAUGGACCGCGCAGCAACCUGGACAGUAUUCGCUACCUUGAAUGUAUUAACUAUCUCCAGGAUUAUGCAAGACAAGAUUUGCUAGAAUUUAUGUUCAGGCAUGGACACUAUAAUGAUGGCUGCUUGUUGUUUUUUCCGCCUGACGGUGUGCCUCCACCUCCUCAACCAUCAUCUGUCGGGACAGUCACGUCAUCUUUAUCUCCACAGAGACCAGAUCUUUUGUUAACUGAUUACGGGACCAUUGAUAGUUUAUGUGAAUUAUGUGUCGGAUAUGGUGCAAUGUCAGUUCUUGAAGAAGUUAUUUCUGUAAAGAUAUCAUCUUCUGCCUCUAUAGAUGAUGCUUCAAAUAAGUAUUUGGAGGCGGCAUUGGCCAAGAUUUGCAGCUACUGCGAAACUCACAAACAUUUCAAUUACCUCUACAAGUUUUUGGUGAUUAAAAGAGAUCAUGUUGCUGCUGGUCUUUGUUGUAUACAAUUAUUUAUGAAUUCUAUGUCUCAAGAAGCAGCAGUGAAACAUUUGGAGAAUGCUAAGACACAUUUUGAAAAUGGGCGACAAGCUCGUCAGGCAACAAAACCUGUUGGCAAAAUCCGAGGUAAAAGUGCUUCCGAGAAACUUACUGAGGAGGGACUCAUCAAACUUUCAACUCGGGCUGCUCUCCAGGUUGAUAUUGUGAGAUGCUUUAAUGAUGCAGAAGGUCCACAGUGGAAGCAUUCUAUGUUUGGCAAUCCAAAUGAUCCUGAAACAUUCAGGAGAAGAUGUCAAAUUGCUGAAACACUUGCAGAGAAAAACUUUGGCUUAGCUUUUCAAGUUGUCAAUGAAUUUGAUCUUCCUGCUGUGGAUAUAUAUGCUGCGGUUGCUGCAUCACUCGCAGAAAGGAAAAAGGGUAACCAGUUGAAUGAGUUCUUAAGGAACAUCAAGGGGACCAUUCAUGACGAUGAGUGGGAUGAGGUUUUGGGGGCUGCUAUAAGUGUCUACGCAAACAAACACAAGGAACGUCCUGAUCGUCUAAUAGACAUGUUGAUUAGUACCCACAGGAAAGUGUUGGCAUGUGUUGUCUGUGGUCGUCUAAAAAGUGCCUUCCAAAUUGCCUCUAGAAGUGGUAGUGUUGCUGAUGUUCAAUAUGUGGCACAUCAGGCUCUACAUGCUAAUGCGUUGCCAGUUCUUGACAUGUGCAAACAAUGGCUGGCUCAGUAUAUGUAAUUCUUCUGGGUUGAUCAAACUAGAUGGAAAUGGCAAGUGUCUUGAUCAUCCGUUUGCCGAUUUCCAUUUGUAACUUAACCUUACAAGAAAGGUGAUAUUUGGCGGCUGGCGCUAUAUCCUUGAUGAGAACAAAUGCCUUACAGCUCAUUGUGGAUGAUAUUCUUUCAGUUAAAACUUUGAUCGGCAUGCUUUAUUUCAACACAAGACAGACUUUGGAAUAUUCACAAAUUUGAUUGGCAUGUCUUCUGGAAGCAGCAGGCCUCUGCAUUUUGUUCUAGUCACUACAAAUUACAGCAUUACAAACAACAGGUUUGUAUAAAUACAAGAGCAUAAUAAAGCAAUUUUGUAUAGAACACUUUGAGCUUGUACAUAAUCAGCCGUGAGACUAGUACCUUUUGAGGCCUAUACAUAGGUACAAAUAAGAGUAAAAUACUAUUGGCAUGUACUUUUUUGUUGGCAGCCAGAAAGAGAGGUUGCCCAAAUGUUUUAUUAGAUUCUCAUUAAAUGUAACAUUGAGGGCGUAUCUAAAGGAACAGACGAAUAAGUAUGAUACAAAUUUGCCUUGUUAGUGAAAACUGACAAUUUUGACCGUUGAUC